AUGGUACAUCAAAUGUCAGCUGAAUUUAAACCACCACCAUUAUCAAAUAUUUUUCAAUUAUACUUUUUAUUACCAUUUAUUUUUUACUUUUGUUUAUUUGUAAAAUUAUCAUCAUGGAUAAAGGCAAAUUUUUACCUUGAAUAUUCUUCUUUUAAAAGAUAUCGUUUACAAAAUUUAACCGUAUGCCUUAUACAUUCAUUUAUUGUAGCAUGUUGUGUAUUGAUAUUUUUUGUAUGUUAUCAAGAUAAAAUUUUUAAUGAUAUAAUACAUUAUGAUCACUGGUUACAUAGGCAAAUUGUAAUUUUUUCUCAAGCAUAUUUUGUACAUGAUUUAAUUGAUAUGUCAAAAUAUGAAUGGAAUAAAUAUACAUUAGAAUUAGCACUUCACCAUAUUGCUACAUUUUUUUUUCUUGGAACUGCUAUUUGGAGUGGAAAAUUUUUAAUAUAUGCUUUAUGGGCAUUGGCAAUGGAGGUUAAUAGUGUAUUUCUUCAUUUAAGAACUAUUUUUAAUAUUUCUGGUGUGUCAAAAGAAUACCCGAUAUUGUAUAGAUGGUUACUUGAUAUUAACAUAUUUACUGCUAUAUUUUUUCGUCUUGGAGUACAGGCAUUUCAAAUACAAUGGGCUUUUAAAAAUUUAAAUAAUAUGCAUACAAUAUAUGGAUACAUAGCUUUGGGUGAAUUGCUUCAACUGAUGGGUAUCUUGGAAAAUUUAGCAGAUAUGUAG